AUCCUUCUUCACUUAAUUACUUUUAUUAUUAAUUUUUCUAUUUGCACCGUUACUUCUACGCAAAGGACGAUGGUACAGUAGCGCCGACUGUAAGGGGGCUGCGAAUGCCUUGGUGAAAAGCUCUGAUCAUGCUUGCCCAUAACGAUCAGAUGACAGUAACACGUGCUGUCAUAUCUUAUUGGCUCUGUUCCAAAAUUAAUACCAGAUUACACUUUGCCCCGACUGAAGUGACUUGUUAAUAAGAAAAGCUGACAGAGGGUUUGUUUCUGCACUUUGAAAUUAACAACAUUUGUGUAAAAAUGAGAUCAAAGGGCAUAUUUUUAUUGUUGGUGUUUAGCGCGUUAACUGCAUAUUACGUUUACUCACCUAUUCCGGAUGAGAUUGAAGAGAGAUGGAAGUUGAUGAUCACUGACUGCUUUUUCAGAAGUCUCAGCCAUCUGGCAGACUUUAGUGAGUUGCUGGGGCUGAAGGACUACAUGGGGGUGAUGAUGUUCAUCACGAUUGCGGAGGGCGUGGUUCCCGUGUCAGACGAGCGUGUGCGUGUGACAGAGGAGGUGUUUGAUGGCGUUGGCGUGGUGGUGUAUGAGCCGGGCCAGCAGGGUGGUGAUGGGGAGCUGAGGAGGGCGGUUGUGUACCUGCACGGGGGAGGCUGGUGUUUGGGGAGCUCCAGAAUGGGACCCUAUGAUCUUCUCGCCAGGCAAUUGGUCAGCGAACUUAACGCCGUUGUUAUAUCUGUGGAGUACCGCUUGGCCCCAGAGCAUCACUUUCCUGUCCCAUUUGAAGAUGUGUACCGUGUGAUUAAGCACUUCCUUCAAAGGCAGGUUUUGGCUAAGUACUCCGUGGACCCAGGUCGCAUCGCUGUGUCGGGGGACAGUGCUGGGGGCAAUCUGGCGGCUGCUGUCACUCAACAGCUGCAGCAGGACCCUGAGCAGCAGGUAGCCCUGAAGGCCCAGGCUCUGCUGUACCCCGUCCUGCAGGCGCUGGACCUCAACACCCCUUCCUACCAGCAGAACCAGGAAAUGCCCAUCCUGCCCAAGACUCUUAUGGUGCGCUUCUGGAGCGAGUACUUCACCAGCGACAAGUCCCUGUUCCACGCCAUGAUGUCCAACUCUCACAACAGCCUGGAGUCUGUCGGCCUGCUGAAGUUCGUCAACUGGAGCGCGUUUCUGCCCGAGAGCUUCCGUAGCCCGUACAAUUACAGUGCCCCCGCGGCAGAGAGUUUGGAUCCAUCCCGUACCAUCGCGGCCAUCAUCGACCCUCGGGCCUCCCCGCUGCUGGUUCCGGACUCCAUGCUGCACGCUCUGCCCAAGGCCUACGUCCUGACGUGCGAGUACGACGUGCUGCGAGACGAUGGGCUGAUGUACGUCACGCGCCUGCGGAGGGCAGGCGUCGACGUCACGCACGAACACUACAGCACUGGCUUCCACGGCGCGCUGAUGUUCACCAUGUGGCCGACCGACUUCCAGAUUGGGCACAAGAUGAAGGACAACUAUAUCCAUUGGCUAAAGCAAAAUUUAUAGUCUACUGCCCAUUCCUGUUACUCAUGGCAACUUGCCAGGUCUGUAGGUGCACAUUUUUGCUUUGUUUUUGACUUACUGAUUUGUUUUCAU